AGUCUGCGGCGGAGGCCGCCCUCUGCGGCACACCGCACGGCCGGCGAGGGGAGGGCGGGGAGGAGCGGGCGGCCCGGGCCCGGAGCGCGCCGCGGACAUGUGCAGGAUGUCCUUCAAGAAGGAAACUCCACUUGCCAACGCUGCCUUCUGGGCUGCAAGGAGAGGAAACCUGGCACUGCUGAAGCUGUUGUUGAACAGCGGCCGGGUGGACGUGGACUGCAGAGACAGUCAUGGCACCACGCUCCUCAUGGUCGCCUCCUAUGCUGGUCACAUAGACUGUGUAAGGGAGCUGGUUCUGCAAGGAGCAGACAUCAAUCUCCAGAGAGAGUCAGGUACAACAGCCCUGUUCUUUGCUGCCCAGCAAGGCCAUAAUGACGUGGUGAGAUUUCUCUUUGGAUUUGGAGCAUCCACUGAAUUUAGGACCAAAGAUGGCGGCACUGCCCUGUUGGCUGCCAGUCAGUACGGGCACAUGCAGGUGGUGGAGACCUUGCUGAAACAUGGAGCCAACAUCCAUGACCAACUUUAUGAUGGAGCCACUGCACUCUUCCUAGCUGCCCAGGGUGGUUACUUGGAUGUUAUCCGAUUACUGUUGUCUUCAGGAGCAAAAGUCAACCAGCCAAGGCAGGACGGGACGGCGCCGCUGUGGAUCGCGUCCCAGAUGGGCCACAGCGAGGUGGUGCGGGUGAUGCUGCUGCGCGGAGCCGACCGCGACGCCGCGCGGAACGACGGGACAACAGCGUUAUUGAAAGCAGCCAACAAAGGAUAUAAUGCUGUUAUAGAGGAAUUACUUAAAUUCUCACCCACUCUUGGUAUUUUGAAGAAUGGGACAUCAGCACUCCAUGCAGCCGUGCUCAGCGGAAAUAUUAAAACAGUUGCGCUGCUUCUGGAAGCAGGAGCAGACCCAACCCUGAGAAACAAGGCCAAUGAACUUCCAGCAGAACUAACCAAAAAUGAACGUAUAUUGCAUCUCCUCCGAAGUAAAGAAGGACACAGGAAGAGCUAACUUAGUUCCAUAUUUGAAGGAAAGAUAGAAACCUUAACCACAUUGUCCAAAGAAAAAUUGCUUUUCAAACAAUGUUGGAAACUCAUUUAAGCAAAAAAAUGCUCAGAAUGCCCACCCUGUGGGUCCUUUGCAAAGAAGAUCUGUGCAUUGUGCACUGAGUCACAAACGGAACGGCUCAGGGACCCUUUCCCCUUAUUUACUGUGGGCUUCUCACACUGCCCUGUAACUGAGCUCCACGGGGGCCGAAGAUAUUCAUGGGUCCCACAGAAAUUCAUCUUCAACUAUGCUAACUUGGGUCUCUCAGUUAAACUCUAAGAUAAAUAGGCUUUUUAGUACUAAGCAAGAAGACAGAAAGCUUUGUUCCCUUAAAAGACUGAAAGGCUGACCUUCAAUGAAUAGAUGCACUUUUGCUUUUGUGUUAGAUGUAGAUAUGCUAAAAUAUAUAGAUCCAUCAUAUUUUACAUAAAUAUGUGUAUCAUUCCAGUGUAAAAUGUUUUCUUCUACCCAAGGAUCAUAGCCACGAUUAUUAAAAAUCAAUGAUGUUAAACAUAUGUUAUUAAAAAGCCACUUCUGACUUUCCACUGUGUGCUAUUCAAAGAUGGACUGUUGAACUAUAGAAAAGACAUAUUUUGCAUUUGUUAGUUGAUCCUCAUCUUAUUCCUGACAUGUAAAAAUCAUUUUUACUUAGAGUCAACAUUGUAGGUAUGUGAGGACAUGCGAGAAAUGCCCUCACCUGUCCAAUGCCAAAGGAUGGACACAGAGACACAAGAUACAGCGAAGUGAGACUUUAAUAAGGACCUUGCAAGUCUGGGUGUCUGUGAAUGGGACAGGCACAUGGAAAAGGACCAUAGCAAGCAAUUUAUUCCCUAGUACACAAGUCCCUCCCCGCACUUUCUCAUUGGCUGGGUAGGAUGGGAUGCAUAAUCUUCCUGUACAAUGCCUAAAAUUUAUUACCCCCUUGCAAGGAAUUCCUUUGUCUUGGGGCUCAGGAUGAGCCAGCAACAAAAGCCCACUUAAGCCCUAUGAAGGGAGAAACACCAGGGAAUGAAGAAAACAAUGGGGGCUAAUCACUAAUUACCAUCUCAAGGAGAGCUCUGUCUGCUCAGAGACCCUCCAGGAAUGGGCUGGACCAGACAGACAACUUUGGGGCUAGGCCUGAAUCAGUUAAAACACCCUCUCAGAUAAGUCAUUUCUGAAAAUGAAUCACUUACAUUAUUUUCUUACAGGACACCAGUGGCAAAUUUGGAAAUUCAGAAAAUUACAAACCACAAGAAACUUAGGCUUAUCUCGUUGAGCUUUUAUUUUGGUUCUGUUGUUGGGAAUCUGUUUCCCUAGCCAUAAGUAAAUAGACCAGAUAUGCUGUGGAAUUUUGAGUUUCUAACACUGCAUUGCUUGAUACGAUGAUUUUGAGGUCCUUGGAUAAAAUGUGCUGUACGCAAGUACAAUAUGUUGCUAUUACUAUUGCAGGAGUAUGAGUAAUAAAAGACUGUUAUUAGUAUUUAUUUAAUAAGAGUUCAUCUAUGCAUGUUCUUGGGUUGAUUGAUUCCAAGAAAGAAACCUGAAUUUUAUUGAAUUAUUCCUUUAAGAGGGAUCAAAAUUUAUAUUCAAUGCACUUUAUAAUCGAUGGUGUCUAAAUACCUGUCAGUGCCUAAUUGCAACACACAAAAAUUAAACCUUCUUUCUGUAAUUUGCCAUAAUAAACACUGAUUAUAUUUCUGUUACUUAAA